AUGUUGACGAUAUACUUCAUUUGGUUGUUCUUUGCAGAAUACGUCUUGCCGUUGAGUUAUCAUCACGAGCAACAGUUGCCUCAAGGGCAGUCUACAAUUUUCACAUCACAAGUAAUCAAUCACCAGAAUCCAGACUUCUCAAAAAGUGAAGAUGCAUUUCAAGCUCACCUCGUUCAACAAGCACCCAAAAAUAGCUUAGAAGGUAGGGUUCAAGCAAGUGAAGAGUUUCAAGCACAAGGUACAAAGAAGGAGAAGAAAGUGGGUACACCCAAAUGGCGUCUUGGUGCUGGUGCAUUUUUGAACAAGGAAAUUGACGAGGGAUCUACCGAGAAGGAAACUACAUUCAUACCAACCAUCAUCGAACUGAAAUCCUCAGAUUCAGAAUCGGACUCGGACGAGGAGGAUUCUGAUUGCGAUUCAUCGUCUGAAAGUGAUGGCAAGAGAAAUAACAAAAAGAAAAAGACGUUCAAGUUGUUUAGUUUGGAUGAAGUGAUCACUGAUAAAGAGAAUCAGAAAAUUGUUGUUGAAAGGACUGUGGGCUUAAAAAACGCUACAACCCUUGAUUAUUCCCUCAAUAACCAUUCGGAUGUCAUGGACGCAAUGUUUGACUCAAAAGGGUUCAUAUUGCAAAUUCGUUCUCUCGCGUAUAUAUGCUUAUGCAGUGUGUACCUCUUUUUAAUAUAA